AUGGUAACCAUCGAUGCCACGAACCUCAGGGAAAGAAUUGGGCGCUUUCGAAUUCUGAUCAUAGGGAGAGCAAACGCGGGCAAAACGACCAUUCUUCAGAAGGUCUACAACACCACGGAUGAACCAGAAAUUCAUGAUACUAAAGGAAAGAAGGUGCAGAUGAUGAUCUAUGCCAUGCAUCGAUGUUGCCGCCGUGAAAUCCUCGAUCAAGGACGCGCACACGCGACGAAAUUGGAGGAGCGAAUUCAUGCUAUCUGGCAAACAACCCGAGUCGAACAUUCCGUUCUCGUGGUUGUGGUGUUCACCAACUUCGAAGCUUGGCGUCCAGUUGCACAUGGAGAAAUCAAGAAGCAACUGAAAGGGUAUCGGGAGAAGAACGCUCGAAGAGGAUUGUCCAGCACUUCGAAGAACAAUUCGCGAACACAGCUGUCUUGA